CCUGCCGGAGUCCUCAAAGGCAGCGUACACGCCCACUGCGAAGUGACGUCACGCCUGGCAGCUAUAUGGCGCGUGAGCGAGGCGAAAACGUUACAACUUUUUUUUUAAAGUGUCCGAGAAGAGGGUUCUUCUGAUGGUUUCAAUGUAAAAACUAACCAUAGACUAGACCUGAAGACUGCAGAGGACCGGGUAGACCAGAGCACACAGUAGACCCUCAUGAAGUGGUCAAGAGUCCACCGACUCACCAGGACUUGUCCCCGUCAUUGUCACACCUGCUCCAAAAUUGCCUCCGACGUCCCAAUGGCGCCUCUCGACGUCGCAUCGGACUUGGAGCGCUUGGCUGUUGACCAGGUCGUCCCGGCGUUGCUGCAGCAGGGCCACUGCUGCGUGGACGGUCUUCUCGGGGAGCGGACAGGGGAAGCCGUGCUGGACCAGGUCAAGGACAUACACUGUGCCGGGGCCAUGAAAGACGGCCGACUGGCGGGCUCCAGACCCGGCAUCCCGCCCGGAAGCGUCCGAGGGGACAAGAUUACUUGGGUAAGCGGGACCGAGCGACACUGUGACGCCAUCAACAUCCUCCUCAAGAGACUCGAUCAUGUCAUCUUGGUGUGUUCGCGGAGUCUCGGAGGAAGAUCCAUAAGGGAGAGAUCCAAGGCCAUGGUGGCGUGUUACCCAGGAAACGGUGCCGGCUACGUCAAACACGUGGACAACCCAAACAGCGAUGGACGUUGCAUCACCUGCAUUUAUUACCUUAACAAGAACUGGAACACAAAGGAACACGGUGGAAUUCUUCGCAUCUUUCCGGAAGGGAAGUCGUGCACGGUGGACAUCGAGCCCCAGUUUGACCGUCUGCUCCUGUUCUGGUCCGACAGAAGGAACCCUCACGAGGUGCAGCCCUCCUACGCCGCCAGGUACGCCGUCACCGUUUGGUACUUCGACUCUGACGAGCGAGCCGAGGCCAGGAGACGCUUCACAAACAUGAGUGGCUCUGAUGGAAGCAGCUGAUUGGAGGAAACACCUCCACCCGGUGGGCGACUCUGAACUGCAGCAGGACUAAAAAAAAAAAAAAAGCAAUCUAUGGCUAUGUUCACACUGCCCAGAUUCCUAUUUUUUUCCAGCAUAUGUGACCUAAACGUCAUUGUUGUCAUGUGAGUGUUUUCCAAGUGUUCCUGACACAACAUUAAAACAGGAUAUUUAGCGCAUGAAGUGUUUUAUGCACUGUUAACCUUGCAAUCCAACCUACCUCGGUGUGCCCAGCAGGACUCGUGCGCUCGGGGCAGCUUCUUUAGUGUUCAUGUCCAAGCUGAAGCUGUAGUACUUCUACAUUUCAACUAAGUUACUUAAGAUUCCACGUAUCAAAAUACAUAGCUGCUCUUUGGCCAGCCACUCCUGGGAAGGUUUACCACUUUUCCAUGUUUUGGCCAUUUGAGGAUGACGGCUCUCACUGUGGCGUCUCAAAG